AUGGUGUCCUGGAGUGCUUUGGGCCGAUCCUUCGGCAUUAAUUUAUUAAAAAACCAAACAAAACCGCCAUUAAAAGCUCACAAUGUAAAUUUUUCUGCAAGUAAAAUUCUUAAUGGCGACCACGGCCAUAAAGUAAUGGCACUUCAGCCAUCUAGGUGGCAAUGGCACAAAUUUAAGGAUAUGUUCCAUUACUAUGCUAUGGUCGGUUUAAUUCCAGUAACUGCGAUCAUCUUCUAUGCGAACGUAUUCAUUGGCCCAGCAGAAUUAGAACCUAUACCUGAGGGCUACACCCCGAAACACUGGGAGUAUCAUCGUCACCCAAUAACUAGAUUCAUUGCACGCUAUAUUCACAACAAUCCUCAGCAGGAUUAUGAAAAAUUUAUGCACUUCAUUGAUGAAGAACAGCAAAAAGCGAAACUCCGUGCAUUGGAGAAGGAAAUAAUCAAGAAAAUGUCUGAACGUCAAGAUUACCAGGCCUAUUAUUACAGACCAAUGGUCAACAAAUAUUUGCGUCUCCAGAAACAGGUUGGUGACGAUAUUUACAACAGAGUGGGUGACGACUAUAAGGAUUGA